AGAAUCCAUUACUUAAGGUUUGGAGCCACAUGAUGUCGCUCUGUACCAUAAAAUUGAUCUUACAGAGAAAGAAAAAAUCUCUUCGGUUCUGAUAAAGAAGCUGCAUCCAGCAUCCAGACACUGAGAAAUGGAGGAUACAGUGGCACUGGACUGAACAGUUAGAUUUUUCUUGAUUUUGAAACAAGAUCCUUUGAUGAAAACAAACCACUGCGGGCUGGAGAUGGAGUUUUCCUGGGGAAGCGGCCAGGAAUCCCGGCGUCUGUUGCUCUCUCUUCUGUUCCUCGCAGCCUGGAAAGCAGGGAGCGGCCAGGUCCACUACUCGGUCCCGGAGGAGGCCAAGCGCGGCACCUUCGUGGGUCGCAUCGCCCAGGACCUGGGGCUGGAGCUGGCGGAGCUGGUGCCGCGCUUGUUCCGACUGGCAUCCAAAGGCCACGGGGACCUUCUGGAGGUAAAUCUGCAGGAUGGCAUUUUGUUUGUGAAUUCUCGGAUCGACCGGGAGGAGCUGUGCGGGCGGAGCGCGGAGUGCAGCAUCCACCUGGAGGUGAUCGUGGACAGGCCGCUGCAGGUUUUCCAUGUGGAGGUGGAGGUGAAGGACAUUAAUGACAACCCGCCUCUGUUCCCUGGAACACAAAAGAAUCUAUUUAUGGCGGAAUCCAGGCCUAUUAACUCCCGGAUUCCACUAGAGGGCGCAUCUGAUGCAGAUAUCCGGGCCAACGCUAUGCUGACCUACACGUUGAGCCCCAAUGAGUAUUUCUCGCUUGAUAAACCGUCCGAAGACGAGCGGGUGAAACAUCUUGGGCUAAUGUUAAGGAAGCCUUUAGACAGGGAGCAAUCUCCGGAACUUCAUUUAUUGCUCACGGCCACUGAUAGAGGCAAACCUGAGCUGACUGGCACCGUUCAGUUACUCAUCAAAGUGCUGGACGCCAAUGACAACGCCCCAGCUUUCGACAAAACACUCUAUGCCGUGAAAUUACCAGAAAAUGUUCCUCAUGGAACGCUGGUAAUGAAACUUAACGCCUCAGAUUUAGAUGAAGGCUCGAAUGCGGACAUUAUUUAUUCAUUCUCAACUGAUAUUUUACCAAAUGUGGAAUCCAAGUUUUACCUAGAUCCAAUAACCGGAGAAAUUAUGGUAAAGGGAUAUAUCGAUUUUGAAGAAAGCAAAUCCUAUGAAAUUCUUGUAGAGGGUAUUGAUAAAGGACAACCCCCACUCUCUGGCCAUUGUACAGUUAUGGUGGAAGUUGAGGACACCAACGAUAAUGUCCCAGUAAUGGAAUUCAAGUCUCUGUCGCUUCCAGUCAGAGAAGACGCUCCAUUAGGCACAGUAAUCGCGCUAAUCAGCGUAUCCGACCGUGACUCUGGCGCCAACGGGCAGGUGACCUGCUCGCUCACACCCCAAGUCCCCUUCAAGCUGGUGUCCACCUUCAAGAAUUACUAUUCGCUGGUGCUGGACAGCGCCCUGGACAGAGAGAGCGUGGCGAACUACGCUCUGGUAGUGACCGCACGCGACGGAGGCUCGCCUUCGCUGUCGGCCACGGCCAGCGUGUCCGUGGAGGUGGCCGACGUGAACGACAACGCGCCGGCAUUCGCGCAGCCCGAGUACACGGUGUUCGUGAAGGAGAACAACCCGCCCGGCUGCCACAUCUUCACGGUGUCGGCGCGGGACGCGGACGCGCAGGAGAACGCGCUGGUGUCCUACUCGCUGGUGGAGCGGCGCGUGGGCGAGCGCGCGCUGUCGAGCUACGUGUCGGUGCACGCGGAGAGCGGCAAGGUGUACGCGCUGCAGCCGCUGGACCACGAGGAGCUGGAGCUGCUGCAGUUCCAAGUGAGCGCGCGCGACGCGGGCGUGCCUCCCCUGGGCAGCAACGUGACGCUGCAGGUGUUCGUGCUGGACGAGAACGACAACGCGCCCGCGCUGCUGCCGCUGCCCCUGCCCCUGCCCCUGCCCGGGGCGCGCGGCGGGGGCGGCGCGCUGAGCGAGCCGGUGUCGCGGGCGGUGGGCGCGGGCCACGUGGUGGCCAAGGUGCGCGCGGUGGACGCGGACUCGGGCUACAACGCGUGGCUGUCGUACGAGCUGCAGCCGGCGGCGGGGGGCGCGCGCAGCCCGUUCCGCGUGGCGCUGUACACGGGCGAGAUCAGCACGACGCGCGCCCUGGACGAGGCGGACGCGCCGCGCCAGCGCCUGCUGGUGCUGGUGAAGGACCACGGCGAGCCGGCGCUGACGGCCACGGCCACUGUGCUGCUGUCGCUGGUGGAGAGCGGCCAGGCGCCCAGGCCGUCGUCGCGGGUGUUGGCGGGCGGCGCGGGCGCGGGCGCGGGCGCGGGCGCGGCGCUGGUGGACGUCAACGUGUACCUGAUCGUCGCCAUCUGCGCGGUGUCCAGCCUGUUGGUGCUCACGCUGCUGCUGUCCACGGCGCUGCGGUGCUCGGCGCCGCCCAGCGAGGGCGCGUGCGGGCCGGGGAAGCCCACGCUGGUGUGCUCCAGCGCGGUGGGGAGCUGGUCGUACUCGCAGCAGAGGCGGCAGAGGGUGUGCUCUGGGGAGGGCCCGCCCAAGGCCGACCUCAUGGCCUUCAGCCCCAGUGUUCCUGACUCUAGAGACAUAGAGGAUCUGCAGUCAGCAACAGGAGAUUCCCUUUCAAAGUCUGGGAGCCCGCGAGCAGCCAGGUCCGCUACUCGGUCCCGGAGGAGGACCAAACACGGCACCUUCGUGGGCCGCAUCGCCCAGGACCUGGGGCUGGAGCUGGCGGAGCUGGUGCCGCGCCUUUUCCGACUGGCGUCCAAAGGCCACGGGAACCUUCUGGAGGUGAAUCUGCAGAAUGGCAUUUUGUUUGUGAAUUCUAGGAUCGACCGGGAGGAGCUGUGCGGGCGGAGCGCGGAGUGCAGCAUCCACCUGGAGGUGAUCGUGGACAGGCCGCUGCAGGUUUUCCAUGUGGAGGUGGAGGUGAAGGACAUUAAUGACAACGCGCCUAGGUUCUUCCGACAGGAACAAAGAUUAUUUAUUUUAGAAUCAAGAAUAGUGGAUUCUCGGUUUCCACUUGAGGGCGCAUCUGAUAUGGAUGUCGGAGCAAAUGCAGAAUUGAGAUACAAAUUAAAUCCUAAUGAAUAUUUUGACUUGGAUGUUAAAGCAAAUGAAGAAGAAACAAACAUUUUAGAGCUAGUCUUGAAGAAAGCAGUAGAUCGAGAAGAGAUUCAAGAACAUCUUUUAUUACUGACUGCAAUUGAUGGAGGAAAACCUGAACUAACAGGUACAGUUCAAUUAUUGAUCAAUGUAUUGGAUGCGAAUGAUAACGCCCCAAAAUUUGAUAAAUCAAUUUAUAAUAUCCGAUUACUAGAAAAUGCACCGAAUGGGACAUUAGUUAUUAAGCUGAAUGCCUCAGAUGCGGAUGAGGGCAUUAAUAAGGAAAUAGUGUAUCUCUUUAGUAAUCUUGUUCUUGACAACGUCAAAUCUAAAUUUAUAAUCGAUUCGAAUAGUGGAGAAAUAACAGUAAAGGGAGAACUGGAUUAUGAAGAUUGUAAUUUAUAUGAAAUUAAUAUCGAUGCUAGAGAUGGUCAUAACCUCCAUAUCCCUGCCGGUGCAAGAGGACGCUUCAGUAGGAACCAUCAUCGCCCUGAUCAGUCUGUAUCCGACCGUGACUCUGGCGCCAACGGGCAGGUGACCUGCUCACUCACACCCCAAGUCCCCUUCAAGCUGGUGUCCACCUUCAAGAAUUACUAUUCGCUGGUGCUGGACAGCGCCCUGGACAGAGAGAGCGUGGCGAACUACGCUCUGGUAGUGACCGCACGCGACGGAGGCUCGCCUUCGCUGUCGGCCACGGCCAGCGUGUCCGUGGAGGUGGCCGACGUGAACGACAACGCGCCGGCAUUCGCGCAGCCCGAGUACACGGUGUUCGUGAAGGAGAACAACCCGCCCGGCUGCCACAUCUUCACGGUGUCGGCGCGGGACGCGGACGCGCAGGAGAACGCGCUGGUGUCCUACUCGCUGGUGGAGCGGCGCGUGGGCGAGCGCGCGCUGUCGAGCUACGUGUCGGUGCACGCGGAGAGCGGCAAGGUGUACGCGCUGCAGCCGCUGGACCACGAGGAGCUGGAGCUGCUGCAGUUCCAAGUGAGCGCGCGCGACGCGGGCGUGCCUCCCCUGGGCAGCAACGUGACGCUGCAGGUGUUCGUGCUGGACGAGAACGACAACGCGCCCGCGCUGCUGCCGCUGCCCCUGCCCCUGCCCCUGCCCGGGGCGCGCGGCGGGGGCGGCGCGCUGAGCGAGCCGGUGUCGCGGGCGGUGGGCGCGGGCCACGUGGUGGCCAAGGUGCGCGCGGUGGACGCGGACUCGGGCUACAACGCGUGGCUGUCGUACGAGCUGCAGCCGGCGGCGGGGGGCGCGCGCAGCCCGUUCCGCGUGGCGCUGUACACGGGCGAGAUCAGCACGACGCGCGCCCUGGACGAGGCGGACGCGCCGCGCCAGCGCCUGCUGGUGCUGGUGAAGGACCACGGCGAGCCGGCGCUGACGGCCACGGCCACUGUGCUGCUGUCGCUGGUGGAGAGCGGCCAGGCGCCCAGGCCGUCGUCGCGGGUGUUGGCGGGCGGCGCGGGCGCGGGCGCGGGCGCGGGCGCGGCGCUGGUGGACGUCAACGUGUACCUGAUCGUCGCCAUCUGCGCGGUGUCCAGCCUGUUGGUGCUCACGCUGCUGCUGUCCACGGCGCUGCGGUGCUCGGCGCCGCCCAGCGAGGGCGCGUGCGGGCCGGGGAAGCCCACGCUGGUGUGCUCCAGCGCGGUGGGGAGCUGGUCGUACUCGCAGCAGAGGCGGCAGAGGGUGUGCUCUGGGGAGGGCCCGCCCAAGGCCGACCUCAUGGCCUUCAGCCCCAGCCUGCCUCAUGGACCCAGCUCCGCAGACAUUGUGAGUGUUUAA